CAUCAGUGUAUCCUGCUGAAUUUAGCGGCUACAGUGUCCAAUCAAAUGACGGGAUACCCCUGACGUCAUGAAUUGUGUUGGUCAGAGGGAGGAGAUUUGAACUUUGAAUCGUGCCUGCAGAGUGGAGGAGCGACAACCAGCAACAGCUGAGAGCAGAGACCUGGAGCAGGGAAAGUGUUCAGCUGUCUGACAGCUCUAGCACUUCACUCACUGCUUGUUGUGCCACGGUCUCUCACAUUCAGGGUGCAGCAUGUCGUUCAUUCUGACCAAGAAGAAGAGAUUUAAAUUCAGAGUAGACUUUGACCUGGAGGAGCUGUCAUCGAUUCCCUUCGUAAACGGAGUUUUAUUUUGUAAAGUUAGACUCCUGGAUGGAGGCUUUGCUGAAGAGUCGUCUCGGGAGCAAGUCCAAGCCAACUGUGUUCACUGGAAGAGAAGAUUUUCCUUCAUGUGUAAGAUGAGUGCCAAUGCUGGGACAGGUGUACUAGACCCCUGUGUGUGCCGGGUGUCUGUGCGCAAGGAGUUGAAGGGUGGAAAAUCUUUUGCAAAGCUGGGCUUUGCUGACUUGAACCUGUCUGAGUUUGCUGGAUCUGGCAGUACAACACGACGCUGUCUCCUGGAGGGAUACGACACCAAGAACACCAGACAGGACAACUCGAUUCUGAAGGUCAUCAUCACAACUCAGCUUAUGUCCGGAGACCCCUGUUUUAAAACUCCUCCUUCCACAGCCAUGACCUUGGCGAUCCCACAGGCUAAUGAGUGUCUCCUGGAGGAGAGAAAGGGAGGGGACUUGCAUAUAACCCAUUCACUCACUGAGACGCCAGUAAAGUCAGUCUCUGUCCCAGAGGAGCUAGUUGUGUAUGGUCACUCCAGAACACCCAGCUAUGCAAGCCAGCAUUCAAAAAUAUCAGGUUACAGCUCCAAUCACUCGAGUUUAACAGAUCUGAGCCAUCGGAGGAGUGCAUCUGGAGGAUCAGCCUCCACAGGUAUUGGCAGCAUUCUGGACCCUGGUGAUCCACAGGGGGAGAGAGGAGAGAAGGAGAGCAGGGUGACUCCUCCAGUGUCUACAGGAGGCCAACAUGCAUCUGAACAGCCCUCUACUCCUGCUAAAGGUCCAAGACAUCCAGUAAAGCAGAACUCCAUGGAGAAUCAGCUAAAGAGAGUUGAUGCGACUAGGGUGGAUGCUGAUGACAUAAUAGAGAAAAUCCUACAGAGCCAGGAUUUCAGCCAUGGCUUCUUGGACUCCAGUGCAGAGGAGGAGGGGCUCAGCCUGUUUGUUGGUCCUGGUGGGAGUACAGCCUUGGGAAGCCAGCACACGAGGGUUGCAGCUGGAGCCUUUGAGCAGGUGGUGAUCAAGCGCUAGCCUUUGGAAAGCAUGUGUCUGCCAUUAAGGGUGCUUUAUUACAGUGACACGGGCAGGGGGAGCAAAGACUUUGGAGGUGCCAUCAGAACUUGCUCCUGCCCCACUCCAUAUUCCAGGGGAUUCAGUUUCUCUUACACAAUCCCUCUGUGUCUGACAUCCAGAUCUUGUUGAUUAGGGGAGCCACCUAGUGUUCAAGACGUGGAGAUGAAGGCCACAUUAUUGGAGCAUUUUAGUGACUGAACUGACCUGCGUACUGACACUUGUUUGUAGGACCAGUGGUUACUGCUGUAAUUCUACACACAGUGCUCACUGAUGUUAGUGAGCUUUUACAUGACAUUUUCUGUAAUUUUCAAAAAGGAUGUUUUUACUUUUGUAUGUGUGAUUUUGUUUCACCAUUUUACUUGCACCAUUAGUGGCUGGUAGGGUGAAGUUUUUCUGUUCCAUGAAGUCCAAUAUAUUUAUGAUAGGAAACUGAGAGAGCGGAAUAUAUAAGCUUCCUGGCACCAAUGUUCAUAACAGUUAAACACCUCUUUUCAUGGAGGAUGGUGGUGUUUAAGAUACCACUAAGGAUUUGAGUUCAUGUGUUUUGCUAUUUGGUGUGAUAUCUAUUUAUUGUAAGCAUGUCCAUAUGUCUGUUAUCUGUAAAGUCAAAAUGACUAGUUUUUUAAUUGUUUUUACAACCAGUUUUGUAAAUGUGCUGAAAGUAGUAAAAUGUAUGUUUCCUGUCACUUAAGAAGUCAACUCUUUAAUGUAAUGUGUAUUGAAAAAGAGCUGUGUAACUCCAUGGUGGACUUAAUAUAUGUUGUGUAAGAUUGUAGCUAUAUUUUUUUUGUUUUAUCUUAAGCUGAAUGAACAUUGGAAAAACAUGUACCAUCUGAUUAACCCCAGGACACUUUUUGUAAGACAUUUUUGUUGUCACUAAAUAAAUUAAUUGUAUGGAGGAAAAUCAGUCAAAAAUUUCAAUUAGCCUACACAAAAGCCAAACAAGUGAAACUAUGCAUAUUACUAUUCACUGUUAAGUAAAAUCUUUUUUAAAAUUGGAGGAGGAUUAGAAAUAAACGUCAUUGAAGAGCUAAAAAUUCUACGAAUUGCGAGUUUAGACCAGGAUUAGAGAGA